GUCGGGGGGAGAGGUGAUGAGUGCUUUGAGGAUGUAGGAGCGGUGGGAGGGGAAAGGGAGAGGUGGGAGAGGGAUGGAGGACUUGGUGAUCGGAUUGAGGAGGUAGAAGGUGACACCGUGGCAGCGGCGUGGGUGGACGAUGAGGAUCCACCCGUCUUUGGAGGCGACGUAGAGCUCAGAUUGGACGGUGGAGCCGAGGUAAGGGAUGUCGUCGAAGUCGAGGUCCAUCUUUUUGUGGGAUACUUGGGAUAGGGAUGGGAAGUGAGGGAGCAUCACCCGCGGCAGCCGCUUUCUCCUUCUUUUGCUCUUGGUGCUUGUUGGAGUUGGCGAUGGAGCUGGCUGCAUGGUGGCGGUGAUGAUGAGGGGAAGGAAGUCGUGUGGUGGCCCGCAGUAGCGUGAGGGCGCGGGGGAUUCCGGCAGGAUGGCGGCGGCUUGCGAGAAGAGGAGGCCAGGAAGCUGC